CUGGUAGCUGCGGACAGAUUUCAGCACACAUCGCUCAGACUAGUGUGUGAUUUAAAAAAAAAGAAAGGUGUAAAUGAUCCCUGAGGAUGACAUCAUCAUGUUACAGGGCCUGGCUCAUUGCAGGGCUGUGUUCAUCGUGCUUGUCUCCCCUGGCAGUGGCUAGUAACAACUUGUUCUCUGUGAACUGCACUGCUGAAAGCACUGGGCGAAUCAGUGAGGUGACUGAGCUGCGAUGCAUUCUACAAUCUCAAAGCAAGAAUCUGACCAUUGAAAAUAUUCUGUGGAAAAAAGUGGGAUCACACAGCAACCUACUGAGUUCAACUCCGAGGUUCCAACUUAAAAAGGAAUGGAAUAAUAUUGAUAGAGAUGUGUCCCUGCUGGUGAAAGACACCCAAAUCACAGACGAGGGGAUCUACAAAUGUGUUGUGUCUUCCGAUGGGGGGAAUGGGGAUGCACAGAUCACUCUGAAAGUAAAGGCUGACUAUAGCAAACCCACAGUGCACCUCACUCCUGAACAAACCCUGCAGGAAGGUGAGGAGGUGAUCUUGAGGUGCAGCUCUGGAGAGGGGUACCCUGAGGCACAGAUUCACUGGUUUGAUCACAAUGGCUGUGACUUAAGUGGUAGAGCCCAAUUCAGCUUUACACAGGCACCAAACAAACGCUUCACCUUGACCAGCGAGUUAACCAUCACUCUGAACUCCAGCUCCCUGCCCCACAGAUGCUCUGUGAUCAACCAGCAAGGAGAGGCUGAGACAAACAGAGAGCUGAACUUCACAUUGGGUCCUAAAGCACUGGCAGAUGAAAAUAGACCAAGACGGAGCGUUCUGUGGAUCCCCUGUGUGCUCUUCCUGGUUUUCUUCAUAGGUUUUGUUCUACGAAAAAUCUACAAAAAUCAGAAAGCCAGCAAUGUCAAUGACAUGAUAUGAAGAACCCCCUCUCAAUGUAUCGAGCCUCAUGCCUGUUGCUGAUUCCCAGUAAUUGUAGAGUGACACACUGUUUUUAUUAAUGGCACUUUCUGUGUCUAUUCUGUCCCUUUGUCUUUAACUUCUUCAAUUUGAAGAUAUUUAGUGAGUGAGGGACCUGGGGUAAAUGAGGUAACAAUUACAUCCCCAUCCUAGUCUUUCUACAUUUUCUCAUCUGUUUUAAAAUGCAAAUUGAUAAGAGACAAAUAUAAAUAGAUACAUAAAUGAAGUUCGACUGGGUUUGCACAGUGAUUGUUUAAGUCUUGUUUAAAUCUUUUAUUUAUAAUUUAAUAAACAAAUCAUAGUUAAAAACUUCUGACAGUGCUAAUUAAACUAAUUGCUGUCUGUUUUACAAUGUAUAAGUCAAGUCUGAGGUGUGUCACCUAUGGAAUACAUUAUAAAAAGGAAUACACUGCAGCAAGAGGUAGAGACUCUGUAGAAGUGCGAUCAAAGCUUGAGAGAGGGGACUUUGUUUUAUACACUAUAGAUAGCCACUAAAGCUUUAGGAACUUCAUUGAGCUCCCACAUACAGAGGAAAGAAAAGCAAUAAGGAAGGUGUGCCGUUCUAUAGCAGGCCCAGUUCAGACACUAGAUAAACUCUUGAGAGGAAGUGGCACCUCAUUCCAUUCUGAAUGAAGAAGUAGCAGAGUUCUGCAUUGCUUUCAUUUCACAUGCCAGUUAAAACAUGCUCAAUUCCACUGGAUGAGAGUCAAAGGGAUCUUCAGAACACAGACAUGCAUGAUAGAUAGCCUGUUGAAACUCAGGUAAAAGGGAAACGCCCAUCUUAUCCAGUAGAGGGCGCGCUGUGCUCUUGUAUUCUGUAUAGACACGUGUUCCUGCACUGCACUAACUUC